UGUAGGUUAGGAGUGGCUCCAUCUCCGUUAUAAGAGACGUUGUGAUGUUAAAGUGAUGUUUGAUCUUUAGGAGACAUCGACAGAGAUGGAGCUUCUUCCUCUUCUGUGUCUCUGCCUCCUGACUCGCUCUGGAAUCACGUCUGCUCAACUAAACAGACCAACAGUCAUCACAGUGGAAGAAGGGACUGAUGUCAUGUUACCCUGUUCUCUCAGCACCAAGGAGAACAUUGAGUUUAAACUGUUUGAGUGGAGGAAAGUUCUUCAGAAAGAUGAAGGUCUGAAGGAGGUGUUCCUGUAUGAUGGAGGCAUUCAUUACAACAACGGUCUAGAUGGUCAGAGUGAAGAGUUCAAAGGUCGAGUCUCUCAUUUUCCAGAUGAACUGAAACACGGCAACGCCUCCAUAAUCAUCAGAAAUACAAAGAUAUCUGACAGUGGAGAAUACACCUGUUAUUUUCCUCGUCUUCAGUCACCUCAAAAAUUCAACAUUAAGCUUGUUGUUGAUCCUAUCUUAAAAGACAGAAGAAGGAAAAACAUCCCAGGGCAACCAUUGAUCGUGGAACAAGACAGUGAUGUUGUGUUACCCUGUUCUCUCAGCACCAAGGAGAACACUGAGAAAAAACUCUUUGACUGGAAGAAAGUUGCUCAGAAAGAUGAUGGUCUGAAGGAGGUGUUCCUGUAUGAUGGAGGCAGUCAUUACAACAACGGUCUAGAUGGUCAGAGUGAAGAGUUCAAAGGUCGAGUCUCUCAUUUUCCAGAUGAACUGAAACACGGCAACGCCUCCAUAAUCAUCAGAAAUACAACGCUGGUCGACAGUGGAGUCUACACCUGUGCUUUUCCUCGUCUUCAGCCACCUCACACAUUCUACAUUGAGCUUGUCGUUGUUCCUGUUUUAAAAGACAGAUCAGGUGAAAACAUCCCAGGUGUGGCUUCAAAACCAUCCAUCACAUCGCUUAAGGCAACAAAGGACUGGUCGCUGCUGCGGUGUAAAGUUCAUGGCAAUCCAAAACCUGAAGUAAAGUGGCAGGACAGUGAUGGAAACAAACGUAAUGCUGAGGAGCCACAGGUCACAGAAAAAAGAGGCCUUUUCUACAUCACUCUCAACGCUAAUGUGACCAAGAGUGACCUCUAUCGCUGUGUAGCAACACAGGAGACAAUCAGCCAUCAGAUUUCUGCUGAGACUGAUGUGCAUAUAAGUGGUGAAGGAGCAGAGAAAACCUCAGGAUCAACAGUCAUCACAGUGGAAGGAGGGACUGAUGUCAUGUUACCCUGCUCUCUCAGCACCAAGGAGAACAUUGAGUUUAAACUCUUUGACUGGAGGAAAGUUGCUCAGAAAGAUGAUGGUCUGAAGGAGGUGUUCCUGUAUGAUGGAGGCAGUCAUUACAACAACGGUCUAGAUGGUCAGAGUGAAGAGUUCAAAGGUCGAGUCUCUCAUUUUCAAGAUGAACUGAAACACGGCAACGCCUCCAUAAUCAUCAGAAAUACAAAGACAUCUGACAGUGGAGAAUACACCUGUUAUUUUCCAAAUCUUCAGCCACGUCAAAUAUUCUACAUUGAGCUUGUUGCUGAGCCAAAAGAAAACAUCACAGUGGAAGAAGACAGUGAUGUCAUGUUACCCUGUUCUCUCAGCAACAAGAACAUUGAGUCAGAGCUGUUUGACUGGAAGACACUUCCUCAGAAAGAUGAAAGACGGAAGGAGGUGUUCAUGUAUAAUGACGGCAUUCAUUACAACAACGACUAUAGGUCUACAGGUCAGAGUGAAGAGUUCAAAGGUCGAGUCUCUCAUUUUCAAGAUGAACUGAAACACGGCAACGCCUCCAUAAUCAUCAGAAAUACAAAGAUGUCUGACAGUGGAGAAUACACCUGUGAUUUUCCUCGUCUUCAGCCACCUCAAAUAUUCUACAUUAAGCUUGUUGUUGGACCAAAAAACAUCACAGUGGAAGGAGGGACUGAUGUUGUGUUACCCUGUUCUCUCAGCACCAAGGAGAACAUUACUUCAAAACUCUUUGACUGGAGGAAAGAUGCUCAGAAAGAUGAUGGUCUGAAGGAGGUGUUCCUGUAUGACUCAGGCAUUCAUUACAACAACGGUCGAGGUGGUCAGAGUGAAGAGUUCAAAGGUCGAGUCUCUCAUUUUCCAGAUGAACUGAAACACGGCAACGCCUCCAUAAUCAUCAGAAAUACAAAGAUAUCUGACAGUGGAGAAUACACCUGUUAUUUUCCUCGUCUUCGGCCACCUCAAACAUUCUACAUUGAGCUUGUUGUUGAGCCAAUAGUCAUCACAGUGAAGGAAGACAGUGAUGUUGUGUUACCCUGUUCUCUCAGCACCAAGGACAUUACUUCAAAAGUGUAUGACUGGAAGAAAGUUGCUCAGAAAGAUGAUUGUCAGAAGGAGGUGUUCUAUUAUAAUGGAGGCAUUGAUCACAAAAACUGCUUUCCAGGUCAAGUCUCUCAUUUUCCCGAUGAACUGAAACACGGCAAUGCCUCCAUAAUCUUUAGAAAUGCGAAGGUGACUGACAGUGGAGUCUACACCUGUGAUUUUCCAAAUCUUCAGCCACGUAACAUGUACACCAUUAAGCUUGUUGUUGAUGGUGUCUUAAAAGACAGAUCAGAUGAAAACAUCCCAGCUCCAAAACCAUCUGUCACAAUACGUAAAACUGAGGAUGGAGUGCUGCUGCAGUGUAAAGUUCAUGGCACUCCAAAACCUAAAGUAGAGUGGCAGGACAUUGCUGGAACCAUCCUUACUGCUGAGGAGCUCCAGGUCUCAGAAAGAGAAGGCCGUUUCUACAUCACUCUCACCGCUGCUGUGACCAGGGCUCACUUCUAUCGCUGUGUAGCAACACAGAAGACAAUCAAACAUCAGAUUUCUACAUGGAUUUAUGUCAAGGCGUACAGCUCUGGACCGCAGACACAUCCUUCAGAUCAAAACUUGAGGAAAGUGAUGAUUGGAGUUGCUGUUGGAGUUCUCGCAGAAUUUCUGUUUUUUUAGGUGUUCGUUUAGCAUCGUCCUGAAAUUGCUGUAACUA